AUGAGAAGUAUUAAACCUUACUGUGAACAUUCUAUUGAAGAUCAUGGCGGAGGUACUGAAAAACAAUCAAAGCAGCUGGCGAAUAACUCAGAAACUAAAUGCCAGUCGAAUCCAGGGAAAAUUUCAGAUUACAAUCCUCUCGGAUCAGACAUGAUGAAGAAUUCGCCAUAUUCUGCCAGACAAUCAUCAACAGUCAUUUAUACGUCCCAAGAUGGACCUGUGCGUAAAGUUACAAGUCAGCGUAUUGGGUCAAUUGCAGAUUGGGAUCCUGUAGCUGUUAACUAUUCCCCUCCACCUAGCCAAAAUCAGAACUACAGAAAUAAUCCACCACCAACAUCAUACAUGUCGUCAGGACGAGUCUUCAAAGCUAUGUAUGAUUAUGAGGCACAAGAUACAGAUGAAGUUUCAUUUUUGAAUGGUGAUCUGAUCAUUAACUGUUCUCCCAUUGAUGGAGGUUGGAUGAAUGGCACAGUCAAACGAACUGGACUUAGAGGAAUGCUUCCUGCCAACUACGUUGAGCCUGUUACAAUUUAGAUCCUUCACACUCAUUUUUGAAUGGAUACAAAUUAAGCAUCAACAUGGAGCGAUGCUGAAUCAUCUCGCUUUAAAAUAUUAAAAGAAUUCAUUGCUUGUAUACUCUUUUUUUCUCACGAUUUUAAACGAGAGAGAGAGGAAGAGAGGGGGUCAGGAGAGAAAGAGAAUGAUCCACACAUAAUGCUCGAAGUGUUCUCAAGCAUAAUUAAUGACUGCAUUCUAAUAUUUAGACUAACAAAAUAAUUAUAGUCAGAAGAAAACAGUAUACACUCUGGUGUUUACCGCAGUGCUCAGAAUAUAUGUAUAAAUUUUUUUUUUUUCUAGUAUCCUAUUUGCUACAGUCCAAUUCAGGGGAGUGAUUUUCAUAUCUGAUAUCGGUCAAAUAAUUUAAAUGUGGUGUGAGAGUUGUUGCUGGGUAUUUUUAACAAAAGAUUGUUGUCUGUGAUUUCAUCUGUUUGCACUUAACCAGGGUGUCUGCCGUCAGUGACAACGGGACAAUAUCAGGGAAUUCGAUGUUAUCAAGAAAAAUCAGGAAAAUAUCAGAAAAAUUGGUCAUGAAUCAGGAAAUUCUGAGUGCUUCAAGCACUUUUCAAAUAUUCAAUUCAAUUCAUUAAAUAUAUUGAUUAGUUAAAUCUAAUGAAUGUCAAUUUAUUCUUGCAAAAUUAUAGGAUAUUUUGUUUAAAUAUCAGGAAAAUCUUAAGUAAAGUUUUAGUAGACACCCUGAAAACUAACUCAUGUCACGCGUCAAGUUUUCAGCAGUGGUUAAAUUUAGGUAAAUUAUACUUGCGGUGGGUCCAAGUAAGUAUUAGUUGUCCUUCUUUACCUAGGAACGUCUCUCGUGUUCCAAAUGCUGUGAGGAAAGGGUGUAGUGAGAAAUUUCAGAGGAAUUUAUGUUUAUGAAAUUUCAGUAACUAAAGUAACCUAUCGGCUGUGCAUUAGGUAAUUGAUACGAGGUAUGCAAUCUUUAUUUUUUAGGCUUCACCCUUAAAACUAUACUCUCUGAUUAGAGGAGACCUAGAAGUGGCAUCCUAAGAUUUUUAAGUGAUUCAUAGCGAUAAAUAGAUCAAGCAUUGCUGACAACAAGCGCUCUUUAGUUCUCAUCUACGGGCUCCUGAAUUAAACCUCUCCAAAACAUUGUCUUAAUCUGUGUAUUUAGCAUUCAAUUUGCAACAAUGCUGCCAUGUUGACUGCGAUGACAUACUGGCACAAAGCUUCCUUCACUAUUAGAGGUUUGUAAGUUUUACCUCUGCCCUGGCCAACUUUUGGUCAUCCUUUUAACAAUUUCUGUUUUAAUUUAUCUCAUUAAGGUAAUAGCACCAGAUUCUGAAUGCUUAAGGAUUUUGCCACCUUUAUUAAUUAGUAAAAUUUGCCAGGAGCAAAAAAUGGAUGGAAGUGAUUACAAAUUGAAUUACCCUUCUUUUCCAGUCCAUCUCAUUUAAAAAAUAUGUAUGUAUUUUUAAGCAAGUGAUGAGCAAUUUAAGGAAAAAUUGUCGAUUUCAUCAAUUUCAGAAAGGAGGGACCCUAAUCCCAAAAACUGAGACCCCAAUCUCCAAUUUUGCUUCGCUCACUCUUAACCUAAAUUUAGGUACACCCCCUCACAUUUCAUCAUCGAAAAAAUGAAAAUAAAAGCAAAACUCAAUUUUAAAUGAAAAAAUGAAUUGAAAUUUAUUAACACUUACUUAAAAAUGAGAAUAAAAUUUAGAUUUUUGAUGGUCAUCUUGACUAAAACCUUUGUAAUUCUGCGGCUUUUCAAUACAUCCUGUAAGCAUACCUCUUUACAUUAUGGACUCUCACAUUAAAUGGAACAAAAACUGGUAAGUGGAUCGACCGAGAAGAAGAAGUAAUUGUCAGAUCAUCAAUACCGUAGUUAAAAUAAGAUAUCCGUCAACUUACUUAACAGCUUCAAUUCCUUCCGAAGCUUUGAUAAAAAAAAUGAGAGGGUAUCCUCUGUAUUUAAAGCCCGAUUGCUAGUCACUCGAAAGAUAGAAUUUCGCCCCGUGUUGUAAAAUACGACUGAUAGUUGUGUAAACUCUUGAAUAAUAGAAUGGUUUGAGGAAAAAGGGACUAAAAAUAGGAAAUUAUGCAUUGAUCAUAAUAUCAAUUGAAGUAAAACCUCAGCAGCCAUAGUGUCCGAGGAGGAGGUUUCAAUUGCUCUUAAAACUAAGGAGUUAUAGCACUAAUUGAAGGCCAGGAUGAAUUUUAAAUGAAACCAAAAGCAUGUAUGAUAUUAAGGCAAGAACUGGAAACCUAAUUUAACUUCAAAACUAUUCUAUUUCACUGAUGGGGGGGGGGGGGAAAAAACAAAGUUUUUGGAAAUUAGAAUGACUAUCUCUCAUGCCGUAAGGCAUAUAAUUCGGCCAUCCGGUAACUGGAUAUCCCGUAGUAGCAAUUAAUGAAUGAAACCGAGUAUUCUUGGGAUCAGUGGAUAGCUGAAUCUCUGAAGGAAACAACAAUAUCAAACAGAAUAAUGUUCUUAGUCCUGAUAAAAUAAUCUUUAUUUUCAGCUAGUCACUUCUUGUCAAUUUCCGCUCCCGCUUGGUGCCGGCUGACUAGCUCAUAUUGAGAGCCCAAAAAAUUACUUUAAAAUGAAUGUAAAUAAUUUUGUUGUUAUUGUUUAGUGCUACCCUGGACAGGAGAAUUUAAAAACUUUCAUCUGAAUAUGGCAGCAUUGCCUAGUUUGCUUAUUUCCUCGAAAAAAGAGAGUACUUUUCGGAAAUUGGGUGCGUUGCGGAAACUGAUGCCCUUGUACACAAAGAAACUCGACAGAACAUUGCCUUCUAGGUAGAAUAUUGGACCAAACUAAAUUCGACAGGGGGGGUACCGGGGGACUAAAAUUGCUCAGGGGGGUCAUAAAAAGCGUUAUGGAGAGAGGAUCAAACUCACGGCCUCUUGAUUGGGAAGUGAGUGGACUACUUGUUGUGCCAUCGCAUUGGAAUUGGUAAAUGGUGGCAAUGCAAUGCUCAUAGUGUAGACAAUGAUCGGGGGAAUCUUUGAGUUAUUUGAGGCCCACUGAUCAGCAUGUUGAUGGUGUAAGUCGGCAAUCACAUAACUCGGUUUGCGACGUCGCAGACUUCCUGUCAUACUUUAUUAUUUAAAUGGAGAAACUACUCAACAGCAACUCUUUAAAACUGCCGUGAUUUUUCUUCUGGGUGCGAAGAAAAUUCUGCAAAAAUUCAAGGUAUGAUGUCAAUUUGUUCUCCUUUAAAUAAUGCAAAGGUGGAGAUUUUCAGACACCGCAAAUGAGAUUUAUGAUUGCGGACUUACGCCAUGGAUGUGUUAAUAGCUGUACUAGAAUUACAUUUUGCCGCUAAGUGCACUCAAAUCGGAGGGGGCCACUUCUAAACAUCUCCUUGUGAGCAACUAGUUUAAGUUCUUCUAAUAUUAAUCAAUUUAAUUCGAUGGAAAAAAUACAUUUUCGAAAUCCUUCACUUAGAAUACCCAACGCUUUUUCUAUUUAUUUGGUCGAUACUUAAUCCUCUCCAUUUUUUAACUUAAAAUAGCUUUAGUGGUCACCAAGCCUCACUAGAUAAUUGCCAUCAAACCCUUAAUUCUCUGAAAAGAAAACCUGGAUUUCUCAACAGACCCUACAAAAAUAAAUGUAUCAUAAAAGAAUUUAAAUAUUAUAUUUAUGUGUGGGGUGUGUGUGUGUGUGUGUGUGUGUGUGUGUGUGUGUUUAGUAAUUAUUAUUAUUAUUAUUAUUAUUUUUUUUUUUUUUGAAGAGUUCAAAUGUCUAGUUCGUUAUUAUAUCACAGGAUGUAAUAAUUGUGCCCGAUUUGCAUCUUAGUAACUCUCACAGAAUUUGAUCAUGAGAGCAGAAAAAAAGAGGAGUACUAGUACCAAAAAAUGCAAAUUAAUUUAACCUCUUCAUUACCAUGAACGCAGCAUCUGGGUUUAGCGUAAACACAUCCUUUUCUAAGGAUUCUGCCAUCAAUCAACAACCAGCACUUACAAGUAUUCACAUUUGUAACACUAUAUGUCAAGGAGAAUCUGAACUGCAACUGUAGAGUGCUGUCGAAUUUGUUUGCUUGACAGCGAAAGCCCGUUGUGAAUUAUGCACUCACAAGGCACUAGGCCAAAAUUUCCAAUUUAAAAGGUCCAAAAGUCGAAAUGGCCAAACCGAAAACAGCCAAUAAAAAUAUUGCCCAAAAAUAUUCUUAUGUAUAAUAAUUACAAAGCGGCCUAAACUUCGUAAUGGCAAAUAAAAGGGAAAAUCCAAGGAAGUAUGAAAACGCAGCUAUUACUGAGAAUAGUCUGAGUCUGACUCAGAGUCAGAGGAUGUGUCUUACAUUGCAGUUGUGCUGUGCACACGGAUGUUGUAUGCUAUUCCACGCAAGUUUUUGGGAAUUUUAUUUGCAGUCUUAAAUUCUUGAUACCGUCGCACUAGUCUUUCUAUUCUAGCUUGAUUUUCUCGUGAUUUUUUACCACCUUGUUGCCGGACACGUCUAUGUUCAAAGCUGAGCACAGACUUGCUCUGUAUCAUGUUGAUCUGUUCGAAUGAAGUCUAAAAAUUUCCAUGUAUUGAGAUGAUGGGUAUUUACUAUCUUCUGAUAUUUUGAGUGGUAAUUUUCUACAUUAUAUCUGGUCCUCUGCUUGCCGUUUGGUGUCACUUAGCACACACACCACAAAGUGCAACGUAGGUGGAUAUCUAGGGGAACUGCUCGUCGGCGUCCAGCUGCAAGUUUCCCAUUGACGUAAAUUUCGUCAAUGUACUCAUCAAAGGCAUGAAUACUAAGUGGCGUUUAGUCAGCAAGUAGGUAAAAAACGUGAAAUAUGUCAGCAAAAGGUACGAAGGGUAAAGCCAUAUUCCCGAUCAGUAGCUAGUAAAUGUUCUUGUAAUGCUCCACUAAAUUAUGUUUAGCAGUAUUUCCACACAAAGAUUGCCAGAAGUGGAAAAGGGAGCAAUGUUGGACUGCAUUGGGCUAUGCUCCCCGACAAGCGUUUAUAUUUCCUGACUCAAAGUCGGACAUCAUGUGUCCGGGUUCAAAGAACAAAUUAUGGCAUGCGGCAAAGUCUUUUGAUUCCGGGUUAGGGCUGUGCGAAUAUUCGCAAUUCUGACUAUUCGCGCCGCGAAUAUUUGGCGAAUAUUCGCUACGUCUGCCUCGCGCACUAUUCGCAAAUUGUGAAUAAUCGCGCCGUCGCGAAUAGUGAAUUUUUUAACUGAUAUUUUCAAAUAUUCGCGCCGUCACACAGUGUGUCAAAACCCCAAUCUAGCUGCUCAAAACCCCCCUUUUAUCAAGUCAACAAAUGGUGUUAUUUAUGGUCAGAGUGGGUCCACAGGCACCCACUGGAUACGUAUCUAUCAUGGUUAUCACAAAAAUAAAUUUUUUGGUCGCUAAAAUGAUAGGGAUUGCAGCCGGUAAACCUCCAGCCUCAAUCUCGCCAUCAGGAGUGGUGCCACUGUAUUGCUUUUUUUUAGAGUACUUCGUGGCGAAAAAGGGUCAUUUCUGGAUGAAACGAGAUGCCAAAGGCCAGAGAAAGGAAAUAUGACCGUUGAUUUCUCCAAAAUCAUUAUUUAAGUAUUAUAAUUGCUCAUUGAAAACAGUGCCCAAGACCGUUUACUUUUCCUGGCUUUAAUAGAGCCGCAAAAGCGCGGAACUACACGGAACACCAUGAAACCUAUAUGAGAGUGUUCAGAAAACUAUCUAGAUUUGAAAUGUCUUUAGUUUUACUGCUACCUUCCGCAACCUUGAGAAUAAGAGCACAUUUUGUUCGGCGAUUCCUAGUGUAAAAGCGUGCGGGCGGCGUUUUGCGAUCUCCCCCUACAGGCUGUCACAGGUGAAGUGAGACGGAGGCAGCAUCUCACCACGCGCGCUCGGUCCCCUGAUUUGAGUGAGCCUUAUCAUGAGGCUUUUCACCGGUCCAGAUAAGACAGCAUGGUGGCUCAGUUGAUUGCUUCUUUCAUUAUUAUUUGCAUGAUCGGAGUUCAAAUCCCGAGCAGAUCAAUUUUUUGAAAUUUUAUUUUCUAUUUCAUUACGAUUUUCCCAUUAUCUAUACUGUCAUGGAAGGGGGAGGGGGGUCCUCAUAAAUACAAAGUUGCAUCGUAUUUUUAACAAGUUUCUUGUAUGAUUUGAUUCAGACUUUCUUAUUUAUUUCUAAUGAGGAAAGGUUUCGGACAUGGUUUAUGAAACGUAGGAAAAUGAAAAGGAGGGGGGGGGGGCUCGCCGAAAUUUUCCUUUACUGGCAAACAUUUUGAAAAUAUUAUCUUUGACUUAUCACUUAGAGUUGCCGAAACGUAUCAUUUUAAUAAUAUGGAAUUCAUAUUUCUUUGGAUGGCCAAAUGAGAAAUUCGCCAUUUUGAAGUGGAAUGCGUAAGCCCAAGACAUCCUCCACGACUUAUUUUGGAUCGGAAAACACAAUUUGACUAAUUUUUGGGGUUCAUUAGGUCACAUAAGGCGCCUAAAACUUAGUUGAAAUUUUACGAUUUUUACAUGAGUUGAACAGGAUUUUUAGAUGGCCGCCAUUUUGAAAAUUUUGAUGACUAAGUUUUGAAAUUUUAGGUGAACCUUCUUCAAGCUUACACUAACGCCUGUGCGAAAUUUGGUGGUUAUUCGACCAAAUUUAGAGACGUGAAGAGGUUUUGAGCAGCUAGAUUGGGGUUUUGACACACUGUGCGUCACGAGGAAUGAAUUUUCAAAUAUUCGCGGCAUCAAAAAUAACGAAUUUCCGAGUGGCAAUCGUGAAACGUUGCCAGGACCUGCGCAAGGCUUCCGCUUCCACCCGAGACAUCGCGAACGGCGAAUCUCCUUCGAUCUUUACCGACUUUGCCGAGUUUACCAACAUCGAGCGCGAUUGCGAUUGGGAGAAUAAGCAAAGAGCCCAAAUUAAGGAUUGAAAGACACAGAAAUUUCUGAAAUUGAGAAAAAAGUUCAUAAAUACAUUUUUAUUUACAGCAAAAAAAACUAAAGUACUAAAAUGUGUCUAGCAAUCCUUCGAUAGGUACUAGCUUGACUGCCCGUACAGUUACCUUCGAAUCCUGGAAAUGCAUACGUAACUGCAGGGACAGUCAAGCCAGCAUCCAGAGAUCUUCGAACAAAUUCUUAACAGCCUAUAGGUUACUAUCAUACCAUUUCAUUGUAUUCUGUGCAGGCGUAUGAGCAAAUGGAAAAUUCUUGAAAAUUAGUCACAUUUUUUUGGUCGACUUUUGUAAUAUUCGCGAAUUUUACUAUUCGUAGGUGUGAAUAAUUGACUUAAAUUAUUCGUUAUUCGCUUCGCUUUUCGCGAAUAGUUGCCGAAAUUAUUCGCUAUUCGCUUCGAUCGGAAAAUUCACUAUUCGCACAGCCCUAUUCCCGGUACACUGUCCUGUAUGUGUCUUCACCCCUGUUAACAGACAAAAUGUAUGCAAAAGGGAAGCAGAACCCCUUGUACUGUCAGUGGAUUGUCAUCAAUUGCAGGAACUGACGAGGCCCAAUCAUGAAUGUAAUGCACGUAAAUAUCAUCUCACUUGCUGAUAAUUUUUGCAUAUUUUGUACCGUCGUGAAGAUGAUGACGCUACUUGGAUCAUUCAUUCCUGAAUCGAACGUGAAUAAGAACCACUGUCUGGAUUAGGUGCGCCUGUAAUAAAUGUUUUUGUUGAUGUCUUGUAAUAUCAUUGGCAGGGGCGCACGGUGGAUCGAGUCAAUGGGAGGGGUCGGUCAUCACGCGUCUUAUUUUCUCUGAUUACAGAGAUUUCCCGCCCUUAGAAUGGAUCGAAUUACUGAUAUCUGAUGUAUUUUUCGUCGUAGAUUCCAUUUUUUAUCAUAUUUCAGCCGAAUAACUAGUUCUAAUACGAUUUUGACACACUUUUUCUUGACUAUUGAAAAUGGGAUCCUUGAUAGUUUAUUUUUCACGUUACUUUCGGCGAAUGGGACCGUAAGCAUCUUACAUAAAGAAGAAUUUUGCAGAACUUGACUCAAAGACAUUACUUAAGGAGUGAGGGAGGGCGGCUUCACAGGACCCUCACCACGAAGGUUGCCAUAUUUCUUUCAAUUUCUGCUAACAUCGUUUUUUGUUCAUGUAAAAUGGUUUCUCGCAAUUCCAUACUGACACGUAUACGGAACAUUCUGAUGUUCAUUUUUCUUCUCUUUUCUUCCAGCCAGUCAAUAGACGUUUUCAUUUUCAUGAACCCUCUACUCUUUCAGUUAUUCAACAAAUAUGCAUGUUUCAAAAAAUAGAUCAAUAUAUUAAAGAAACAAAAAAAAGAGAUGUAUAUACUAUAGCUUCUUUUUAUCGAGUCAUCCUAGAAGAUUAUUAUGGAUACUUACCACAAGAUAUAAAAAAUUGAAUGUGCAGUAAAAAAAAAAAAAUUAUAUCAUCUUCCAUUGUUUCGUUUUGUUCCUCGAAGUUAGGAGUGAAGUUGAAACAUUUUUAUCGAAAAAAUAUUAAAAUAGGAGGAAAUUUAUUUUUCAUGCAAGUUCUGAUCCCUUGUUGAACCUCUAAGAAGGACCGUUGUCUCUUGAAGAAAUUUCUUGUAUUUCUUCUUUUUCAACCCACAACCGAUUUUUAUUUGUAUGGAGCUCAUGGAAGAGUUCUAGGUAUGUUGAAGACAUUUUGCAAGCAACGGUACUUGUGAAAUAUACAAUGCGCAAAACAUACACCUUAAACUUUAUUGCACAGUACAACACUGAUCAAAUUAGCUUCAUAGACUAACAGGAGGUUAAUGCAGGGUUGCCAGCGACCGGGAAAACCGGGAAACGUCAGGGGAAAAAAAUCAACCGGGAAAAGUCAGGGAAAGUCAGGGAAUUUCGGUGUUGGUCAGGGAUUUUUCUGAUUUUUCGUGGAAUUAGGCGCGGGCGGUCUCGGGCUCGCGUUGCGGCAUCAACUAGACCGCGCAUUAGGAAAUUUCGGCAAGACUAGAGUCCCUUCAGGCGAGACGAUAGGCAACCCAGCAACCGCAGUAAGUGUACCGACCGAGACAAUGGAUAAUGCUAGUCUUAUCAGUGCCGUUGCCUGAUACGGGUACACUUAGCUCGUAUAUCCGGCGGUAUCAACUAGGCUGAAGGCGCGUCUUUACCCCCCUAGCUGUCUUACCUUCCCCGCCUUAAGUCGGGCCCAAUGCGCGGUCUGGAUUGUAUUACCUAUACGUCAAUGGGAUUAACUGACCACUGCGUUCGAUUGCGGAGGAUGGUGGCGCUCUCGCUCGGCUUCGCGAGGAAUUACCGGCAUUCCGACCAUCGCGUCGCGUCGGACCUGCGCGCGCGUGUGAGGGUGUGUGUGUGCGCGUGUGAGGGUGUGUGUGUGCGCGUGUAAAAGUCAGGGAAAAAUAUUGGAAAGUCAGGGAAAAGUCAGGGAAUGGAAAAAAAUAAUUUGGCUGGCAACCCUGUUAAUGUCUCGUUCAAAAAUAUCAACAAAUCAGCCAAAAUCAGUAAUCAGUAGAAAAAUUACCGAGAUUGAAGGAUAUCGUGUGAUGCACGAUUGUAUUGAUGACAUUAGAGCAAGAUCGGAUUCCCAGCAGGCGCGACUUCCUAUCAUUCAAAUGGACCGUUUUUGCAGAUUAACGGAUAUUAGCGGCUAAUUAUUACAUAAUAUCAUUCCUGAUAGUGUACAAGAAGCAACCCAAUAAAGGAUUUUGUGGACACUUGUGGACAUUUUUUUACCAAGCUAUCUUAACAUUUUCUUGGGUGUUUUUUGAAAGCAAGUUUUGGAGGUGGUUUUGGUCCUCCUACAAAUAUUCCAAUGCACAUUAACGAUACACCAAAAUGUUCCUUAAAGGGAGGAGAAUAAGCAUGUUCAAUUGAAAUUUUGAUUUAUCUGCCACAGAACUCAUGCAAAAGCGAAAUAAAACCUUGAGAAUCAGACGGCAAAUUUGAUACCACCUGCAAUGUCAGCUUUAGGCAACCCGCAUGUCAAAGCGGAAGGGUUCAAAGACCCUAGACCCAUGGAUACAAUCAUUUUGGAAGCCUAACUACUAGAAAACCAAGAAAAAGUAUCUAUAAUCCGACUUUUUUUUUCGUCGCCCAUGACCGACCUCUACCUUUGACUCGAUCCACCGCAAGGCGAUCUUGUAUUAUUUUCGUGAUGUUUAACAAGUCGGCAAAGCAUAGUUCGCUCUGGAAUGGUCGCCAAGAUCUCUUCAUUGUGGAGCAUUUGCCUACCGCAUGUACGAUUACGUCAGUGGCUCCUUCAUUUGGAUGGGCUGUUGCUCGGUCCCAAAACCCUCUAACCUCCAGAUUUGCAACAUCAGGUGAGAGAGAGUGCUUGCCUGUCCCGUUCUUUGAGAUUUGUUUGGUUAGUGUCCUCAGUUGUAGUGCAAUGCACAUUGCACCCUGACCUGUCGCGGCAAUGCCAGUUAAAAUCGGAAUUUUUAUAGAGAAUUGGAGUAAUAUUGAUUUAUAAAACUAUUGUGCGCUAUAAGCAAGUUUUUCUUUUGACUUUUAAUUAUUUCUGGAUUCAUAAUUUGAAAUAUGUAGGUAAAGACUUGAAUUAAUAAAAUAUUUAAAAGGGAAAUAUGAAAUAUGCUUCUCAAGAUAAAUUUGUUUUAAAAGAACCAACAUGCUCUUUUUCUGGUUUCCAUGACGCUUAAAAGCCUCGUUACCACAUCAAAUUUUGAACAUGCACAUGGUUCCUUGAGAAAUAGUCGGGUGUCAAUUUAGUAAAUCUAAUUUUUUUUUUUAUAUCACACUGGACUUCUUCCUUUAUUUGACAAUGUAGAAAUUCGGCUGUUCUGCGUCAUAGUUCAUCAGAAUGUUUUUGGGCAAUAUUUUUAUCAGUCGUUUUCAGUUUGGACGUUUUGACUUUUGGACAUUUUAUCCUAGCACUGCUCACAAAAUUUAACCUGGUUAUGUAAGAGUUAAAGUCUCUCCUUAAUGUAAGAAAUUAGCGUCAAACAUACCCUUUUGAUUUUCAAGCAAUAAUGAAAAGUGCUAGAAUUGAAUGAAUAAUUUUGUAUCACAAUGUGCCUUAGUUAAAUUUCGGGUGUAAUAAGAAUAUUUGGGCAGGGCUCCUAAGAGUUGAUAUAAGUCGUGAUUUCGGUUUGGCCUUUUUGAUAUUUCUACUACUCAUCAGAACAUAAUAGUGGCUUUACCUCAAGGUAGUUCCUUUAUUGCAAUUUUUUCUUGUUGAACCGUCUGAUCUCUUUAAAACAUGCCCCUUAGUUUAAAAUGAGCUCCCAAAAAAUGUCCAGCUUAAUCUGACAGUUCAAAGCUGUGCUGCUUUGGCUGUAGAGUAAGCAAAUGAGAGUUCAUUAUUAUGAAAUGGAACAUUUUCCUGUCAUUUUGCCUUUGGAACUUGGUCAGCAUCCUCAAAAACCAAAGCCCUCUUUCCUUUGUGCAGACCAAGUUCCUUAGGUUAGAAAAACAGGAUAUUUCAAAAUACUGAACUCUUGGCUGCUCUCUUUGCGGCAAAAGUGACUAUAUGGAAAAAUAUGGUUUCAGUAGGCUGAAAUUUUUUGGGAGUCUCUUUACGCUCAAGACAAGGUUUUUGUGGGGUAAGGCAGUUAGAAUCUGGACAGUUCUAAACUAAGAAACUUCCUACCUUCCCUGUUAUAUUUCGUCUCCUGAUAUCUAACAAUACACAUGAUCUUUUCACUUUUAGUAUAAGAUUCUGAUACAAAAUUGAGACAAUAUGCCGUCCUUCUCCCACCCUCAUGCCCACCUCUUCAUGAGAAAUCGAACUUUAUUCAGUAAUAAGUAAUGAAGUUUUUGAAGUUUUCGUAGCGUAUCAGGGACUUGUCAAUUGAAUACAAGGAAGUUCAAAAAAAUUUCUAAUUGAGUACUUGAUUUGUCAAAAAAUGAUCUGUUGUAUGCAGCAACUUGUAUACCUUCGUAAAUAUGGUAUAAAUGCAUCAUGUUUUUGUAUGCUGAUCGAAGAAUACUUGAAUUUUCAAUCAAAAAUCAAAAGUAUACUACCAGUUUCCAGAUCAGAUGAAAAGUAAAUAGUUAGCAUUAAAUUAUGGAAGUUUCAUCCUUUGUCUCCCUCUAGGUAUGAGUCAAAAAGUUCUGAAAUUACAGCAUUAGUGUUACCUUUAAUGCAUGUGUAAACCGCGAACAGCUCAGGGAAAGGGGAAGGGCAGUAACAUAAUUUUGCAUGAAUAUCUUUCUUUUUGAACUGUAAACUUUUUAUAUUUCUGUUGUAAUCUUGUAGAUUGUACAGCUAAAUAUUUUACUAUCAAUUGUUUAGUUGUUUCAUGAGACAAGAAAAAGUGUGGAAUUUAUUGAGACUUCAUUCAUGAACCUAACACCUGCUCAGAAAUUUUAGGGGGGUGUAAAUUUAUAUCGUCCUUCAUGUCCUUAAAAAUUUUAAUUCCUCUUCAUUCACUGAAAAUAAUAGUGGAGCUGCAAUGCAUACCUACUAUAUUCUCAUGAGAACAUGGUUAUUACAAUUAGUUCAUUAUUAUGGUUGCUAAGGAACAAUUCUACAAUCGCUCAUUUUUCUCAAUUUGAUCCCUCGAGUCGAAAAAAUGCUCUGAGCCCCUCUUUGAAAUUAUGAAGAGGGACCCCAAUAAAUCGGAAUUUUGAUCUAACUUGGGAAAUUUAUGGGAAUUAAUAUUGGGGAAAUGGGUUUUACCGUUAAGAGAUGUAGCUAUAAUGAGUCACUAGGCCUUUGUAACAUUGUAGCACAUUUUGUUUUGUAUUGGCAAGCCCUUGCUUGAGGGGUGUCCGGCAAACUCGAACCCGAUAAUUGUUUACCGUUGCCAAGUCACAGCAAGAUUCCGGUUUUUCGGGGGUUCUCCCUCGUAUAAAUUUUUUUUAAUACAGUUACAGAAUACAGAUACAUAAUCAGAUUCAGUUCCUUUUUUACACCAUGCACGCGUAAUUAAUUUUUUUAGUUGCCCUCCUCUUUUAAAAUUCUUUCAUACCAAGAGUUGUCCAUCAAUGGGUCAGUUGCGCUGGUUACAAAAUCAUGUUUUGAUGCUUGAUUCUUGUAGAUCAGCUGUAAAUGAUAAGAUGUGUCCAAACAGAAACUUUCUUGGUUGAAUAAUUACAAAGAUACCUACUGCGCUUUGAAAAAUUAGGUUUACAACGUCAUUCACGGCGGUAGUGACACCCUUUGUUUCUACUAUCUUGCUCUCAUCAGACAGGGAAACACGCAUUUGUACCGGUUAGCUCAACAAGACUCAGAUGAAAGCAAGGUGGAAGAAACCAUGGGUGUCACCACCGCGGUGGAUGAUGUCAUAAACUGAAUUUUUCAAAGUGCGAUAUCUUGGUGCAAUAAAUCAACAUUUUGAACGUAGAAAGUUGCUGUUUGAACAAAUUUCAAUAUUUGUGGCCAGUUGACAUGAAUCAAGCAUCAAAACACGAUUCUAAGACCUCAAGUGAACCAUUGGUUCUUACUAGUCUGAAGUGUGUACCCUGUGCCUCCCUCUCUUUUCUUCUUAUAAGUACCACAAUUUACCUAGUACCAUUCCAUGUAUUAUUCUAAAAAAACUGGUCUUAUCCGUCCAUUGUCCUUCAUAAUUAAAAAAAAAUUUCUGCAUAUU